GCCUUAAGAACUAUCCUGGCCUCACAGGCUGAAAGACAAGGCAGGAUGGGUAGAAGAUGGGUUGGGGAGGGACCAGCCCCGGCUCCGCCCUUCCUACUUUAGAGCCAUGGAGAGCCCAGGUCCUGGUGGGCCACCCCUGGUGCAAGCGCCCUACACUGUUCUGCUGCUACCUCUGGGGACAAGCCGCCAAGACCCAGGAGCCCAGAACUUCUUCCUAUGGCUGCAGAUGAUGCAGGCUCUGGAGAGGGAACAAGAUGCUCUGUGGCAGGGCCUGGAGCUGCUGGAGCAUGGCCAGGCCUGGUUCGCAGACCGGCUGAGGGAGACCCAGCAACGGCAGCUGCAGCUGGGAGCCCUUGGCGAGGACUUUCUGAUGGACUUGCAUUCAGAGGCUGACGCCCCUCAGCUAACCCAGAUUCAAAAGGUGAAUGCUUGUCUGCACAGUCUGAUUCACAAGGAGUUGUCAAAGCAGCGAAAGGGAGUCACCCAGUCCACGGGAGAGGUGGUCAACCAGGCUCCCCCAGGGCCAAAGGGGCCUACCCUUGUGUAGACCGGAGACGCUCCCCUCCCUGCACUGGUGAGUAAGGGGUGGGAUUGGAGUCAGAAUACUCCUGCCCCUCCCCACCCCGAUUUCAUUUUAACUCAGCAGCCAGGGGGCUCCAGGCUGAGAAAUUCAGACAGCUUGCUAUAAAGUGUCCACAGCUCCUUCUCCGUGCCCCUUGCCCUCGCUCUCCCCUUCAUCGUGCACAACAACCGUCUUUCCCCAGUGUAUCCGGUGAGAAGGUGUGAUCAUUGAGACUCGCUUUCAGCUGAAGCAAAACUAAGCUAAAGCAGCUGCCCUGGAACUUAGAGUGAAAACUGCACCAUCUGGUGCCCUGUGUGCUGCUCUGUACCCUGUGUCCUGCUCUGCUUCUGGAAUAAACUGCAGCUUCCUUAUU